AUGUAUGAUGCCAAUUUUUUAUUCACUGGACUGCCAGUACAUUCUACAGACCAAGAUUUAUCAAUGUGCGAACCUUACCUUGAUGAUUAUACAACGGCAAAUAGUACAAGCAAUAACAGCACUUCCGUCGGUCAAUUACCGUCAACUACCUUAUACGAAUUUGAGGAAUUUGCUACUCAAUUUCAAGCAACUAUAGCGGCCAAUAGCCAUAUGGCUGCUGCUAAUUCAUUCGAUAAUUUCUCGUACUCAUAUCCUUCCUCAAGAAAUGGCAUAUUCUCUCCGGAUAUAAUAGCUUCCCUGAAUUCCCCAGAACCUUUUUUCAACACACCGAAUUCUUAUCAAAUCCUUAAAGAUAAUUGUUCAAUAACGGCUCCUUCACCUCAAAAUUUUCCUUCCAUGCAAAGUUUUAAUGCUUCGUCAACUGGUAUUACAUUAACCGAUUUAAAUACAUGUUCUUCGAUAGAAGAACCAUUUGAUCAAUUAUCGACAAUCAAAGCUAAAACUGAUCCUUUAAUAACUCAAAAUGAAAACAUGAAUAAACGUGUUUCAGUGGAACAUGAGUCUAUAUUAUCAGAUAGAUCCUUAAAAAAGAAACGAAAAAGCACAGCUGGGAUUACUAAAACCGUAACAAAACCAUUAGAUGGUCUUAAAUCUUCAGCAACUAGAUCUUAUGUCAAGAAUGAACCAAAUCCUCAAAAUCACGCCUCACAUAAUGAAACAACUACGUGUAUUGAUGAAUUAAAUGUGGGUUCAAGUGUACAAAGUAUAGGCGUUCCAAAUCCUUUGAUGGUUAGCACCGAUAUACCUUCCAAUUAUGUCACUGAUGUAUUUAGUCAACCUUCUUGGCCUGAGACUGCAAACCAAAGCUUUAUCCCGAAUGUGGUAAAUUCAAACAGGAUUACUGAUACACCACAAUUUCCUAGUAUCCCAAUACUUCCAUUAUCGCGUGAUGCUGUGAAUUCUACUGCGAAGGUCGCUAUAACGCGACUCAAGCCUUCAACCGUUACACCACUACCUCAGUCCCAGCUACAGUCCAACAAGCAACAAAAGAAAGUUGCACACAAUGCAAUAGAACGUCGAUAUAGAAAUAACAUAAAUGAUCGUAUAAAUGAACUUAAGAAUGUAGUCCCUGCUCUUUGUAAUUUAAAAAACAAAGAUGACAAAGAUGAAGACGAUAACGAAGUAGAUGGUAUCCCAGCUGCCACAAAAUUGAAUAAAGCUACUAUUUUGAGAAAAUCAACAGAAUAUAUCACAUAUUUGAAAAACAAUAAUAAAAAAAUCAAAACUGAGAAUGAGGUAUUAAGGAAGAUGAUUGAAGCUCUUCCAGGCGGUAUUGAGUUAUACAACGCUUAUCAUAUCAAAAAAAUGGCAGUUGAAAGUGUCGGGACUCCAUCUGAUACAUCGGAAGAUACUGAUUCAGAUCCCUCUAGUGUUUCUAACCAUGAAGAAUUUGAUUAUCUUCCACCGACUCCACCAUCUGGAAACACUGGUUCAAGAGCAAUGAUGGCUUUAUUUAUGUGUAUGACAUUUUUUACAUCAGGCUACGAUCAGUAUACAUCCUAUCAUCAUAGUGAAGGUCGUGUUAUGAGUAGCAAUGGGUCACCAACCAAUAAUAAGUCUGAAAUUCCAAAAGGAACUUACAAUUCUAGCGAUGGUACAAUAACGAUUAACAUUUGGUAUUUUGCUAGAAUUUUUGCCUUUAUUAUGUGCCUGGCAUAUAUUAUUCGGCCAUCCCUAUUUUCAAGUCAACCACGUAUUAUUCGAAAAUCAAAAUCAGUUAUCAUUUCUGUUUUAACUACCAAAACUAAAGAUGCGACAGCACUCUAUUCAUCUCUUUCGCGCCUUUCGCAUCGAUCACCGAUGAAUACAUUUGAACUUUUAAUUGGUUUAUUUACUGAAUCCUUAAGAUUUUUUUCAAGAAGACUUUUAGGAUGGGAAAUUCCUGGCAGCUUUACUAAUAUAGACAUGGAUGAAAGGUUAUGGGAAGUUGGAUUAUGGGGUCGACUUGGUGAAGUUGAAUUAUGUGGUGGAAAUAAAAAUGCAAGUCGUCUUUCAAUUUUGUACACAUGUCUUCGAACUGUCAACUUGUUGGAACAUCCUUACACGAUACAUAAAAAUUUGUACAUUAGCUCCUCUCGUAUAUAUGCGAACGCUGCGAUACAAUGUUAUAUAGGCCUUCAUUCUAUCCCUUUUUUAUCACAAAAAGUUGUAUCCUCUUUCUGGAAAUUGGCCAUUAAAGAGAAAGGACGCAUUGGAUCUGAAGAGAAAUGGUUUGAAAUUGCUCUUAUCAGCGACUCAAAUAGUGAUAUAUGGAAAGUUGUAGCCGAAAGAAUCAGUAAUUAUAUUCUUCAUUCGCCGAAAAACGAUGAAGCUAUUUCACCCAUGAGAAAUACUACUAUACCGCUUAUUCAUAUUUCAGAUAUGCAAGGUUUUAUUCAUCUUAAAGAAACCUUUUCUAACUUUGUUUCUAUGCGAUAUGGCAAUAAAAAGAAUGCAAAGAAAAGUAAAUUUACUUUUGCAGAACUGCUUAGUGUCACCACGCCAGCAUCACUGACGCACUGGUAUGCAUUGGUCGGAUGUGCUGUACAGGCUUUUUCAGAAGGAAAACAUGUUCCUGGUGAAAAGUUUGUAAAUAAGCUAAAGGAGGAAUUUCAAAAAACAGACAAAAGCUUAAACAAGCAGAUUAUUGCUAUGGGCUUGCUUUCUCAUAUUCUUUUAAUAUAUGGUAAAGUUGAGGCGUCUGUCCGCUGUGCCGAUAAAGCUAGCAAUUUUGUAUCGUUGCGAAAAAAAGAAGAAAAAACAGGUGUUGAAGAUGAUUCACUAGAUAAAAAUUUAGAGAUUCAAAAAAUAGAACAUGAUGUUCACACCCUUGCAGAAUAUUGCGUUGGUUGGAUCGUUUUAGAAGCAAGGAUUUUCGGAUGGAAAAAAAUUGAGGGACUUUCAUUGGAAAACAAAGAUGAAGUAUUACCUGGUAUCCUUAAUGUUGAGGCUCGACUGAUACCUUCUAUUGAUAGUUGGAUACGUUAUUUGCGUCGAUUAUCAAAAGCUGAUGUGUUCAACAAGAUUCCAAAAGCUCGAGAAGAAUUUAUCAAGAAUCUUGAGGUUCUUGGAAGAAUUGUGGGUGGAUUGGAUGAAAGUUUUGGUUCUAUGAAUUGUUAUGAUAAUACUAAUAAUGAGGGAAAUUUGGUUGAUCAAAAUGAAGAUAAUAGAGCAGUAAGGGCUUGGAAUGCCCUAAAGGAAAUGUAA